AUGGAGUGGGGUGGACCAUGCUUGAAAAUGCAAAAUUGCUGCUGCUGCUGCUACUGCUGCUGCUGCCUGGAAAAUGAUCUUUCAGAUCUAUCCAUCUGCCAAUACUACUAUACUUUUUCCAAUACAUAUGAUCUCAGUGAGAAAAUCCUGGUCUUCCAUAUGGAGGCCUUCUUUGGGCACCAGCAGGCUCUGGCUGUCUUCUUGCAGAGCCCAAGACUAGAUGGAAGAGUAGUUGAUUCAUCUUUGAUCUUUUUGAUCCGUAUUCCAUCUGAUUACGAGCACCUUGGACGAUGGUUGACCAAAUGUGAUCCAGGAAAGUAUAUGUCUGCAAAAUGCACUGCCACCUCUGAAAGCAUAUGUUUACCUUGUGGCCCAGAUGAAUACUUACAUACCUGGAAUGAAGAAGAUAAGUGUUUGCUGCAUAGAGUUUGCGACAGUGGAAAAGGUCUGAAAGUAGUUCAUCCUGGCAAUCGAACCUUCCCACGGCAGUGUGCCUGUACUCCUGGGUACCACUGGAGCGAUGACUUUGACAGCUGCCAACGCAAUGGAAAAUGUGGCCCAGGCUUUGAAGCUGAAAAUCCUUUAAAGCCAAACAAGGACCCGGGAUGUAAGCCAUGCCUCAUGGGCUACUUCUCCAAUGCUUUUUCUUCCAACAAGUGUAAAUCCUGGACCAACUGCACCACUCUUGGAAUGGUAGAAAAAACUCCUGGGACUGAUAAGUCAGAUGUAGUUUGUGAUGCUUUGCAACCUGAAAAUCCAAAACAUGAUUCACCAAAGUACUUACACAGUAUAAUCUUUCCACUUCUCCUGGCAUGUCUGGCAGUAAUUACAGUCAUCAUCAUUGGGAUCUACUAUAGAAAAGAAGGGAAAACACUAACAGCUGAUCUGUGGCUCUGGAUCAAUGACACAUGCAGCAUCCUAAGACAAAAAAGGUAAAGCCAGUGUGAAUCCUCCAGUGAUAAUUUCAUCAGUACACACAUGACAUCUAAGGCUAGCCAGGCUUAUGAAGAUGUUUUCAUGACGACCCAAGAAAAUUUACCUGAAGACUCGUGUUAUCCACAGGGACGUGUUGUGUGUGGGGAAGCAGAGCCGGGUAAAGUGGAAGAUACUGCCAUGCUGUCCUUGGUCAUUGAGACUGAAGAAGAUAACUUUAGGCAGAUUCCCACAGAAGAUGAAUAUGUGGACCGAGCUCCCAUGGUUUCUGAUUGUUUAUUGUUAUUGGGUCGGCCUGGAAGCAAACCAGCUUCUCCUUUUUCAGAGCCCUUGGAGGUCGGGGAGAAUGACAGCUUAAGCCAGUGUUUUACUGGUACCGAAAGCACAGUGGAUUCAGAGAGCUCCUAUUGCACUAAAUCCUCAUGCAGGACUGACUCCAUCCAUAUUUCCUCUGAACCGUACUUGCAGAAAUCUUUCCACUGCAAUGACAGUAUCCUUGCAAAAGAGGUAGAGAGCAGUGACAGGAAUCAUUGGGCAGCCAACCCUGACUUAACAAAUGGCUAUGGGGGCUGCAAGGAGCCUCUCAGAAAGUGCACUGAAGCUUCUGAGAAGAAAGCCGAGCACAUCAUAUCAUCCUUUGAGAAUGGACCUUUCCCACAGUGCACCUGUGGCUUAGACCUUCCUCCAGAAAGUCAGAAUAUCCUGGCAAGUGAUGCUGAGGGUGAAGACUUGUCCUUCGAUGGGACUGAAAUGAAGUUCCCUAGUACAAAAAGAGGCAGUUCUGGGUCAGGUGGUACCUCCAGUGACUCACCUCUUGCAUCUGGAAAUGUGACUGGAAACAGUAACUCUACAUUUAUUUCAAGUGGGCAAGUCAUGAAUUUCAAGGGAGAUAUCAUCGUAGUCUACGUUAGUCAAAACUCCCAGGAGGGCCCCGCUGUCCCAGGAACUUUGGGGGAAAACGUUGGCAGCCCAGUGCAAGAGGAGAACCUGAACCGCUGUGAUACUUUUGCAGGGAAUGAUCUCAAUUUCAAAGAGAAAUGUGCUGAGAGCUCUCUGGGGGGCUCAUCUGAGGAUAAAGCGCAGAACUACUUAAGAGAACAUACAGGAAGAUCAGGGCCCAGGAUUCAAGAGGAAACCCAACAUGGUCCUGAUAGAGAGAGCAACCAGAACACAGCCUCUCAACCCGUGCAGGAGGAAGGAAGACCCAAAUCCUGUUCCCUGAAAGCUUGGUAGUGAUGGGAACUUAAUUAACACUGCCACUGUCUCUUCCCAAAGGGUGUCAGAACUUCAAAAAGCACCAGCCCCAGAGUCAGGAGACUUGGGAUCUAGUCUCAGGUCCGCUACUAACUAGCCGUGUGACCUCAGACAAGGAAUUUCCCUUCUCUGUAUUUCAUUUGCUUCAUCUCUAGAGUAAGGGGUUUGUUCUAAAUGACUUGUAAAGUCUCAUUCAUCUCCAGGGUUCAGUGAUUCUAAUCAUUCUCCCUGUUUAUCCUCAGUCACGCACAGACCCAUACAUAUAAUGUAAUAAGCAUAGAGCAGGGAUGUCAAAUUCAAAUCUACAAAUGGACCAAUUUUCAUAUUUGGAAAAUAUUAACGCACUGAACAAAUAUUAAUUCACAAGUAGGGUCAGAAUUAGGAAUCUAGGGGAUAGAGAAUAGGUAAGAGUUGACCUAUAGAUUUAUGGGUCAUCCCCUGGAAAUCCUUAUAUAAUUUGAUAGUUUGUUAUUUGGCUCAUCCCUAAUCUGUAUCCUCUGUGUCCUUUUGGUCUUUUCCCUUUCAUUUUGAAAUCUGUGGCAUUCUUUCUACCUUACUCAUCACAGACAUGGUUAAUUUUUAAAACUCUAUUUUUGUAUUUCUGGUAACGAGCUGUGCCAUUUGAAUUUAUUGUUCUCAUGACAGUCAAUGCCAUCGGCACAUGCUGCUCCUUCAUCCACAUUUACCCCAUCCUCAGCUGCCUAUAUCUCCCUUUUGUUGUUUUCCCUAUCAUUUCUCCUUUCUCCUAUUUUGUCUCUUUGACUCCUCUUGGUGACCACAUGGCCUUCUUCUGGGUGUACAUUUGUACAUUUUCUUUCUCAACUAUUCUCUAUGUUUUCACUCUUUACUGAUCAUUUCUCAAUAAUUCUAAGUGGUGCCUUCUUUCUGUUUUAAUACUCUCCUUUUUAUAUAGACAGGCAUCUUCAUGUUUUGGAAACAGCUUUUUGAGGGGUCAGUCAUGAUUAAGUGGAAAAAUCACUUUCUGUGAAAUCAGAGGGUCUACAUUCAAAUCCCACUUCUGAAUACUUCCUACCCGAGUGACCCUUAAAUCACUUAAAUUACACAGCCUCAGUUUCCUCAUAUGGAAAAUGUAG